CCGACGGGAGCGCGCAGCAACGGAGAGAGAAGACCCGUUUGAACGCGAGGAGAGAGGGAGAGAGAGAGAGAGAGAGUUUGAGUGCGUGUGGGUGUGAGAGAGAGAGAUCGAGAGUGAACGAGAGGAGAGAGAGCGACGACCGUGAGGGUCCGGGUGCCUGAGGGACGGACGACACGGAGAGGGGGUGGUUUGAGGGAGCGAGUUAUCGUCUGACAGACCGAGACAGGUUGAAUGAAGCUGCACCUGGUGCUUCUGAGGGCAUUUCCCAUGUUUUGAUUUGCUCUAUUUUUUUAACUUUCUAAACUUGGUUUCACCGAGCUGUUCCCUGCCAUGCCGUCCAACAGUCCUGCUACUGGUGAACCACCCCAGACGCCAGAGAACGACACCUCUAACGAUAUGAUGCUGAGAGGUCCAACGUUUACAUUACCGACUGUUUCAAACUGACAGCCUGAUGUGUUCUUCAGUAAACUGGACUACCCGACAGAAGGACCUGAUUUUCGGACCAAUUUGCCAUGGCAGAAACCCCCGGACAACAUAGCCCCUGGGAUCCCUGGGACACACAAACUCCUCCACCACGAUAAGACAGCAGAUCAACACUGCUGAUAAUACCCCCGUAUGUUGGUGACCAGAAUGCAGCAGCAGACUGGACCAGGACUGAAACCUGCUCCAUCAUUUCAUCUUUGCAGAUCUCCAUUUACAAAGCACAACCAACUCAAAGAAGCUGCCCUCAGAUUGGGACCUCAGCAUCACCCAGUGACAAGAGACAAAUCAUCCUAUAUCUUCAUUCUUUGUAGCAACUCCAAAACUGAUCAAAAGACUACAACAGUUGAGAGUGAAGAUGGUGCAGACCAGGACAGUCCAGAGGAGGGGACACCGGCGAGCCCCCGCAACAAGCGCAGAGUGGGUCGUCCCAGCAGGAAACGCAAACAGCUGCUUCCUGAGAUGGCAACCUCUGACCCCUGUGCAAACGCCCCCCCAACUCCGCCUGAGGAGCCGGCGCCUUCACCCUCCCCUCGUAAGAAGCGCGGGCGUCGGAAACAAGAGCCAGCGGAGAGGAAUAAGGACGAGCCAGAUGACAGAAACUGCGACUCCCCCAGAGAGGGAGAGACUGGGAGGCUGCGGAGAAGGCCAGUCCCCAGAGUAACUUUUCAGGCUGGAGAUCCAUACUAUAUCAGCAGGAGACAGAGAGAAGAAUGGCUCAGCCGCUGGAAGAUGGAGGCAGAGCGACGGGCCUACCGAGAGGCAGAGAUAAACAUGAUGGAUGACCUCUCAGAAGCUGAUUUUCAGAAAGAGGAGGAGCCCGCCAGCCCUGCCCCUCCCCCUUCCCAACAACACACAGACCCUGCCUCUCCGACGGUCGCCGUGACACCCGAGCCGGUCGCCAGGGGAGAACAGGCCACGCCCAGUGAGAUUGAAUACCAGGAUGGUCGGGGCUUUGGCAUCGGGACUCUGGUGUUUGGAAAGCUGCGAGGUUUCUCCUGGUGGCCCGGCAGGAUUGUUUCCUGGUGGAUGAGCGGCCGGAGUCGAGCUGCAGACGGCACUCGCUGGGUAAUGUGGUUUGGUGAUGGCAAAUUCUCUGUGGUCUGUGUGGAGAAGCUGAUGCCCCUGAGCUCUUUCUCAUCUGCCUUCCACCAGCCAACCUACAACAAACAGUCCAUGUACCGGAAAGCCAUCUUCGAGGCUCUGCGGGUGGCCAGCGUCCGGGCGGGGAGGCCAGUUCCUUCCUGUGAUGGCAGUGAUGAUGCAGAGGGGGUGGAUCUUCAGACCAGAGAGAUGAUAGAGUGGGCCAUGACCGGCUUCCUGCCCGCUGGUCCACAAUCACUGGACCCUCCAGAGGAGGAACAAAAUCCAUAUAAGGAAGUGUACCCAGAGAUGUGGGGGGAGCCUGAGGCUGCGUACACACCUCCACCUGCAAAGAAACCACGCAAAAACUCGCAAGAAAAAGCAAAGAUCAGAGAGGUGAUCGACGAAGGGACCAGAGAGAGACUUAUAUUUGAGAUCAAAAAGAAGACCAGGAAUAUAGAAGAUAUCUGCAUCUCCUGUGGAAGCCUCAAUGUCUCCCUGGAGCAUCCUCUGUUUGUAGGAGCAAUGUGCCAGGGCUGCAAGAACUCGUUCCUGGAGUGCGCCUACCAGUAUGACGAUGAUGGCUACCAGUCCUACUGCACCAUCUGCUGUGGAGGCAGGGAAGUGCUCAUGUGUGGCAACAACAACUGCUGUAGGUGUUUCUGUGUGGAGUGCGUGGAUCUUCUGGUCGGGGCUGGCUCGGCAGCGGCAGCCAUCAAAGAAGACCCCUGGAACUGCUACAUGUGUGGACCCCGCAGCACCUACGGCCUACUGCGACGGCGGGAUGACUGGCCCUGCAGACUUCAGCAUUUCUUUGCCAACAACCACGAGCAGGAAUUUGAGCCGGCCAAGUUGUAUCCCCCAGUUGCAGCAGAGAAGAGGCAACCAAUCAGAGUCCUCUCUUUAUUCGAUGGCAUUGCCACAGGUCUUCUGGUGCUGAAAGAUUUGGGCAUCCAGGUCGAAAAGUAUGUUGCAUCAGAAGUGUGUGAAGACUCCAUCACUGUCGGCAUGGUUCGACACGAGGGACGCAUCAUGUACGUGGGAGACGUACGCACCGUAACUCGCAAACAUAUCGAUAAAUGGGGACCAUUUGACCUGGUGAUAGGAGGAAGCCCCUGCAACGACCUUUCCAUAGUCAACCCUGCAAGGAAAGGACUUUAUGAGGGGACCGGCCGGUUGUUUUUUGAGUUUUACCGUCUGCUGCAUGAGGCGCGGCCAAAACCCGGCGACGAGAGGCCGUUCUUCUGGCUGUUUGAGAACGUGGUCGCUAUGGGAGUCAGCGACAAACGGGACAUCUCCCGCUUUCUAGAGUGUAACCCAGUGAUGAUCGACGCCAAGGAGGUUUCUGCUGCCCACCGUGCUCGCUAUUUCUGGGGAAACCUGCCCGGCAUGUCCAGGCCUCUGACACCGAUGGCAAACGACAAGCUGGACCUACAGGAGUGCCUGGAGCAUGGCCGCACAGCCAAGUUUGAGAAGUUGCGUACGAUAACGACACGCUCCAACUCUGUGAAGCAGGGGAAAGACGAGCAUUUCCCCGUCUACAUGGACAACAAGGAGGACAUACUGUGGUGCACCGAGAUGGAAAGGGUGUUUGGUUUCCCCGUCCACUACACCGACGUGUCCAACAUGAGUCGUCUGGCCAGACAAAGGCUUCUGGGACGUUCGUGGAGCGUCCCUGUCAUCAGGCACCUUUUUGCUCCUCUAAAGGAAUACUUUGCCUGCAACUAGUCACACACACCAACUCUCUCCCACGUACAGACACACACAUAUAAACAGAAACAGACACUGAUAACCAUACACAGUGUACAGUCAGUACAUGAAGGUUGGCUGACGCAAGAUGAAACAGAUGACCGGACAUACACACACAAACACUCACAUACACACUCUGUAAAGGACUGCUCCUGAGAUCCCUUGUAGACCACUGGCUGACCUUAGUCCCCUGGUGCUACCGUGCUACCACACACACAUACACACACACACACACACACAGGUACAGUUUUCUGUCAUACACAAACUUCCUGUCCGACCUUGAAACUGAUGUCUUCUGGCUUUACUGUGUCGUAUCAGCUGGAGUUCAAACCUCCAGGGGGCGCCAAACUAACACAGAUGCCCUGCCUUUUUUCUGUCUUUAAGAUCUCUCUGAAUACGUACAAACAGACCAAUGAGUCCCGCAACACUUUACUGUAUUCAUGUGUUGUGAAAACAGAAAGACACACAAACACACGUAACAUUCGUGGUGCUGGUCAGGCAGUGAUAGAGUCUAAAUGGUGCCACUUUAAUACAACACUUUUACAGAUUUUGGUGCUCUUGGAGACUGAAUGGUCUCUGCUUGUUUCAGUCGCUGCAGUUUUGAGUUAAAAUAGACGAGCAGGUGGAGGCAACAGCAGGCAAAACAGGUAGCUGUGAGGUUUAAGGAUUGAAUGAGGGUGCAGGAGAGUGUCCAAAAGGAAGAUAACCCAGCUUAGAUUUCUUGAUGCAUGCUCCAGGUAAGGAAAUCCCAAAAAGUUGAUUCUGGACGUAGCGCUUUCAAUGGGAGGAAUGUUUCACUAGAGCGAAUAGCGGAAGUGGAAGAACAUUGUACCAAAAAGGCUUCAUUAAAGCUGGGAAGACACCUAAAGGAAGCUUCAGGCGAUCCAGGAGAGAAGGACAACUGCUACCUAAGCAAAAACAUUUAUUGAUCUUUUUUUUUCAGGAGUAAUAGAACAGCUGAGACGUAUUUUCUGUAAACAACAUGUCUCGGUAGCUUUCAAACCCUAAAACACGCUGCGCCAAAAAUUGGUCCCCCCGAAGGAUCGGGUCCCCCAACACAAACAGAGUAAUAUAGUGCACGCUGUUAAGUGCCAGAAGGAUUGCCAUGAUUCAUACAUUGGGGAAACCAAACAACUUCUGGCUAAGCGGAUGGCAUAUCUGAAUUGACGAGGAGGCCUAAGAGUUCAUCUUUUCACUUUCAUGCUGUGGUUGCAGUCAUUCCCCAACUCUCUGUGAAUGGUAUGGCAAUUUGCAUGUUUAUGAUCAUGAAACUGACCUCACAGUCCAUUGUUACUCACUGGUGCUAGUUUUAGUCAUUAUGCAAAGGUACUGUUUAUAAGGUUGGGGAAACCUGCAGUCAGGUGAGACUGAAGAAGUCACUGAAAAUGCUACGUCCAGAUGAACAGAAUCAACUUUUUGGGACCAGCUCAGAUUAAUAUAUAGAGCAUUUUUCUUAGUGUGACUACAGCUUAAUAAGACUAUAACCUUUAAAUGUUUCUUAAAGGAGGAGGAUGCUCUUGUGCUACAAAUAAUCCUAGCAGGUGAAUUUAUACCUCAGUGCAAAAAAAAAAAGAGAUCCACUUUUAUCUAAAGCAAUAUGAAAUAAUAAAAUAAAACAGAAUUUUAUUGGGAUGCAGCUGUGGUUUGAGGAGUUUAUUUUACUUGUUAAUGUUUGAUUUUUAUAUUUUUCAGUAGUUUCUUGUGUCUCCAGGGUGGACUUACUAUUAUCACUUUAGUUUCAGUGUUAGUUUUACUUCUCCUUAUUAUGAAAUGUAUGGUAGUUUUUAUCAGGAUGGAAUAAUACAACAAAACAAACACAGAGAUGAAGACAUCCUGGUGUCCUCAACCUGGUUGACAAAUUGACUAAAACCGAAGACAGUUGCUGUAUAGUUUAAUAUUUUAUAUAGUUUUGUAAGUGUUUUGGUUAGUUUUCUUUUUAUUUCAGUGAACUAAUUUGUGGUUUAGUUUCAGUUAACUUUAACAGCCUUAUUGUAAGAUCAAAAUGCUGACAUAUAAAAGCAAAAAACCCUCUGAAUGUAAACAAAAGUUAUGAAAUUUAAAACAGAACUAGUACAGUAGAAACAUCCUUGCUGCUGUCUGCAUCCUCAGUGCUUAGAGUGCCCUCUAGUGGGAGACAACCAUGUUAGGGUAAAACAUACUUCAUACUGCAAAUGUACUCUAUACACAGUAUAUAAAACAUAAGCUACUUCUACUUUCCUCACAACAAGCAAACCAUCUCUGUACUGUAUUGAUUACUUCCUGGUGGUUUUCAGACACUAGGUUCGCGAAUGCUUUUAAUAAUGAAAAUAUUUCCUCGUGUUUCACUUAUGCUGGGAUGACAAUUGUUAAAUGACUUUGGUGCUCAUUUUAAAUUUAAUAUUACUCCGAUGUCACUAAGCUGAUGAUCAUCAGGAACAAGUAGAUGUCAUCAUAUUAUACCAAAGUUUGCCUCGUUAAGAUUAUUGAAGGCAGAAGACGAUGUUCAUUGGAUGUUAGGUUGAUAGAUUGGAGAAAUUUGAAGUUAAAUUCAAGUAAUCUAAAAUUUAACUUGAUUAUCUUUUGACUUCCCUCUCUUUCUUCAAAGUAUUGUUUAGGGCUAAUGGGAAAUUUCUGCAAAAUGUUAUGCUAAUAACUCUCCAGCAUCAUAAAUUCCAAACAUUAAGUAUUUUGCAAAAUAAUUUAGUGUUUGAGUGGAUUUGAGAUCAUGAAAUGCAAAUAUAUUUAUUGUUUAGGACUUGGCACAGUAUCCUCCAAAUGUGUACUAACUGCAGUAACUCCAGUGCUUUUGCUGUUUUUGAACUGGCAUUUGAACAUAAGAUCCAAAUACUGCCAAGAUACCAAAGUAGAAACUGGAUUUAGCUUUUGUUUCAUUCUAUUCAUAUUUUAUUUUUUAUAUGUACAGUGAACUCAAAUGUAUACUAACAGUAUUCUGAGUUUCAUAUGAAAAUCUCACCUCAAAAUAGAAGUGAACAGUUUUAAUCAAACUUUUUUUUCUUCAAAUUCACAUCAACUUAGCAGAAGAAGGUCUAGAUCAGCUGAUUUUGGCAAUUCCUUAAAUGUGUUAGAGAGAAAUCAGCCGUUGGUGAAGUAGGACCAUGUAAUACCACUUUGUACCACAAGAUAGCACAUCAGGUUUAUGUAUUCUUACUUAGGCUGGCAGUCUGGCAAAUGAAAGGAGUAAAUGAAUGAAAGGCCUCUUGAGGAAUAAAAGCAAAUAUCAGAGGGUAAAAACAGAAACAGUAGCAUGAAUCUCAAACCAUAUCAACAGAGUCACAUGGAAAACACUGCCCCCUGAUGGUGAAGGAUUUAGUUUAAAGCUGCAUACAGCUGCAAAAAGUACCUUUAAAGAGAAAGCCCCUCGAGGCAUUUAUUUGGACAGUUUUGAAAUACUAUCUAAAUUAGCUUUAAUUUCAAAGGUCACUGGGACAUAAGAAACAGAAAUUAAGAAAAAGAAAUAAGGUAUUUUUCCCCUGGAAGUUAAACUUCUAUCAACAUAACAAAAUUCCCAGGAUCUCAGUUCAGCAUGUCUGUGUCUCUGUUUACGUGCGUUCAAUCUCCAACUCCAACCAUAGGGAAUAUAAAGAACAGGAUUUUAUCCAUCAACUUAAAAUAACCAGUAGUCUUUUCUUGCAUCGCCGCCCUGCUGGUCAUUCAAAAAAAAAAAAAAAAUCCAGGUUUAAGGCACUUCUGUCUUUUACAGAAUGAGGUUAAACUCAUUCUGCAGGAUUAUUUCUGCCUGCAGAGCACCAUCGCCUCCGAGAAGCAUUAACCUAAAACAUUGGUGGUUAGAAGUAGGAGACAUUCAGCAUCCUCUUCUCAGCAGCAUUUUACGCUCCCUCCUCUUACAAUGCAGCUUCUUUUUGUGCCUCAGCUCCACUGUCAGUUAAGUGACUAGUCUGCCAUCCCCCUGGCACUCGUUCUCCCCCUGUGCUUCACAGGGAUCCAAAACGUCCUACAGUCACCGUUCUGCAUCGGCGUCGGCUGAAAGCAGAGGCCGACUUUACUCUGUGGACAAUAUGCUGGCUUUCUACUUCCUGUGACUGAAACAGAUAGCCCUGUAUAAAUAAAAAGAAGCUUCCUUAUGUAACACAGGUUCAGCUGUGUGAGCCUUCUUGGGUGUUUCAUCUGCCUUUCACCCAAUGCAUGCUGGGAUGAACUCAGCUGCUCUGUGAAGAGGAAAUGUCAUCCAGUGUGGUGGCUGUAUUUAUUACACACACACACAUACAGACACACACACACACACACACACACACACACACACACACACACACUAUGAGAAACAAGUUCAUAUGUAUGUUUUAUUUAGACAGGGCUGCCUUUAGAGAAAACACUUCAGUCUGGUGCUUUUGGUCCUCGGACGACCAUCUUUUCCAGGAAGCCUUCCGAUCCUCAGACCUUCCUCAGAUACCAGCUAACAACUGGACACAUGCAGUCUAUGCCGUCUCACACACACAAACACACACACAGACCUUCACACAAACAUGCACAACCUCUCAUAGCCACAGUAAGCCAGCAGGUUCAAAGAUUUUGUUCCGUCAUGUUUACUCUCCGUUUCUACAACCAACCUUCAGGUGCUUUUUAAACUCUGCUCUUUUUUACAGUGCUCUUCUUGCAGGUCUCACACACACUCACACUCUCAUUUGCUGGAAACAACCUUCACGCUUCUCCUUUCGCUACAGAACACCCAACACCGCUACACUCACACAUGCAUACACACUGUGUUCUUGCCGGCCGCCUGUCCGCCAUCAGGCUUUCCGCAGCGCUGCUGGCUGUGACAUCAUCAUGGCCCCACGACGCUUGGUGCUCCCAAAUCCUGCCCACCCUUACCCUAAUCCCUCCCUCACUCCAAUAACCCCACCUCGCCCUGCCCUGCCCCUCCCCAGGUGCUGCAUGUCAGUCAGUCAGUGUAAUCUCCGAUUCCAUGUUAGAUUAGGGAGUAACGAUAAUAAUAAUAUGGUAAUAAUAAUUACAGUAAUAAUCUGUUAUUGUGUGUGUGUACUGUUCCAGGUUGGUGCUCAGUUCAGUUCAGUCUCAGCCUAGAGUGGAGAGAGAGAGAGGCUAGAGAAAGCAUAUAUUACAGUUAGUAUAGUGACUUGUUCUAUUUUAAAUCGUUGAAGCUAUGAGCCGCACGAUGCUCUCAAACAGAGACGGGUAGAGUUAAAGCUGGCUGUAAAAGCUGAAUUUCCACUGGCAUAAGGCGGUUCCCAGUCUGGAGGUCCUGAGACUUAAGAAACGUAUUAAUAAAAUACAUGAGCUUCAAAGAAUCUUAUCAUUUCAGAUUUAUUGAAGGCCAUGUGCAGAGCUGAUCCAUGCCAAAACAUUUAAAUCAAAUUUAAUAACUUAGUUCCUAAAGUUUUGGUCAUCCUCUGAACCAGAAAUCUGAGCUUCUUCAGAAGCUGUUAAACAGUUAAAUAACUUCACAACUUUUAGACGGGGAUAUUUAUAUCUAGAUGUAUAUACACGCCAAAGUAGCCAUAAUAUUAAAGUACCUGCCUAAUAUUGUAUAGGCCCCCCUCAAUCUGGGACGUUUAGAGGCCACGUCCAAACAUCAGGCUUGUUGUUGCGUUCCUCGAGCCAUAUUUGUGGUGUGCUGGGGGAGACCACUGCCAUUGGGGAGUGCCCUUGCCAUAAAAUGUGUGAGCUUGACAUGUAAGCCAUUGCUGGGUGGGCGUUUUGUGACAAAGUGACACCUGACUGAACGCCAGGAUCCAAAUUUCUCAGCAGAGCAUCGCAUUAAAAGCGUGAUCACUCACUGCAGCUGCCAGUGGUUUAAGUCUUGUGGCUCACCGGCGUUGUUAUAUUUGCUCUGGAGGCUGCUGGUUCAGCACAGGCAUUUUCAGCCUGUUUACAGUUUCCAGCUGUUUAUUUUGCUUUUUUCCAACACGUCUCUGUGUGAGAGCUCCACGGAGGGGAAAAGUGUGAGGAAAGGAGCUGACGUUUUUAAGUGAUGGGUGAUACGGUGAUGAUGUUUCUGUUCGCCUAUCGACAGCUUUUAGGCUGAGUGAUGCGCUGUUUUAAACACUGAUACACUUUCAAACACACACAUACAUACACAGACAAACACACACUGUUAUGACACAGAGCGACCGACGCUCACACGCAGAGAUACAUGCACAACACCUACAAAUACAAUGCUGUGGCGCAUGCAGACACUCAUCUCAUGGACUAAAUGUAAGAUGAGCUUUUAGGAAAAGGAGGACCUGUUGGUGUUUCAAAAGGUGCUAAAAUUUUAUCUGAAAACAAGAAAAAUUUAUUGUUAGGAGUAUAAAUCAAGUUUGUCUUUACAUUUACUGUAUUUAUGUUUGCGGUAGUGAAGAAAGGCACUAUUAUUAUUUUACUCUUGUAUGAAUAUGAACUAAUUAAAAAGGCAUUUUAACUUUGUACUUGAACAAUGUAAGAAAUGAACCGUGAAUAAACAAGAACUGUUUAUUGUGACUAUCUGCUUAGUGUGUCUACCUAUGUGGCAUUUGGGGGUGCUAUGUCUUAAAAAUCUAGAUGUAAAACUACAGAAUAUGUUCUGGAUUUUCAUGGCCAAAA